GGCGGGUGGGACCUGGAAGGUGCAGGGAGGGGUCAGUGGCCUGGUGCAGGGUAGCAAACCAGGGCAGCUGGCCUGACAGCCUCUGAGGAAUUAGGCUCUCCCAGGAGAACUGGGGUCCAGCGCCAGCAGGAGCUGAAGCAAUGGCCUCCCAGCCCGAGAAGAGGGUGGCCUCGUCCGUGUUCAUCACCCUGGCGCCCCCGCGCCGCGACGUGGCUGUGACUGAGGGAGUGAGGCAGGCGGCCUGUGAGGCCAGGCGUGGCCGCCCCUGGGAGUCCCCCACCUCCGSGAAGCCCGCGGGGGCUGGCUCCAUGGGGAAGCCCAGCCCCUGGGUGCCCUCCGGCAGGGCUGCAGCCCCUGUGCCAACUGUACCACCUCAGCUCUCCAACGGAGGAUGCUCUCCCCCUCCUCCCGCCCCAGAUGGUGAGGACGCACUUGGUGACCUGGACCUCCUCCCGCCGCCUCCGCCACCCCCUCCUGCGUGCCUGCCGCCUCCUGAUGAGGCGCCCCCGAUGGGGACACCCCUCAUUUCAGACUUGGAGCAGCUGCACCUGCCCCCACCCCCACCCCCACCCCCCCCACAGGCUCUGGCAGAGGGCCCUUCAGCCCAGCCUCGGCCUGGUCACCUCAGGCCCCCAGAUGAUGAGCUGCCACCUCCCCCAGAAGAGCCUGUCAGCUUCCCGGAGAGAGAGACCUCCACAGACAUCUGUGCCUUCUGCCACAAGACUGUGUCCCCCCGAGAGCUGGCCGUGGAGGCCAUGAAGAAACAGUACCACGCACAGUGCUUCACCUGCCGCACCUGCCGCCGCCAGCUGGCCGGGCAGAGCUUCUACCAGAAGGAUGGGCGGCCCCUCUGUGAAUCCUGCUACCAGGACACCCUGGAGAAGUGUGGCCAGUGUGGAGAGGUGGUCCGGGACCACAUCAUCAGGGCCCUGGGCCAGGCCUUCCACCCCACCUGCUUCACCUGUGUGAGCUGCGCCCGGUGCAUCGGGGACGAGAGCUUUGCUCUGGACAACCAGAACCAGGUGUACUGCCUCGAUGACUUCUACAGGAAAUUUGCCCCCGUGUGCAGCAUCUGUGAGAACCCCAUCAUCCCCCAGGAUGGGAAGGAUGCCUUCAAAAUCGAGUGCAUGGGAAGAAACUUCCACGAAAACUGCUACCGGUGCGAGGACUGCAGCAUCCUCCUGUCUGUGGAGCCCACGGACCAAGGCUGCUACCCGCUGAAUGACCACCUCUUCUGCAAGCCGUGCCACGUGAAGCGCAGUGCCGCGAGCUGCUGCUGAGGGGCCCUUCCUGGCCUCCUCUCCCAACCUCCCUUCCGAGCCUCGCUGGGACCCACAGGCAGCUCAGCCCAGCCUGUGGGGGAUGCCGGGAGCUGAGCCACCUGGGUGCGGGUGCACAGUGUCCCCCAGGCUCUCAACUCCUCCUCCUACCCCCCGAAGGCUCCUUACACCCAGAGUCCCCUCUGGCCCCUGUUGAGUGCUGACCCAGCUGGCACCUGUGUCACCGACACUUCACUAUGCAGCAGAGGGUGCUGAGGCCAGCCUGGAGCACGGGGCCAGGCGGGGUGAAGAACAACUCCAAUGUCACUUAAAAGUGCUUUUUAAGAAUUUCAAGGUUCAGGUGAUAGGAAACGAUAUUCUUCAGAUUUGAGGAGAUAAAUCUUUUUUUUUUUUUUCUUUGAAUAACUUGCUUUGGGGUGGGACGAAGUCUUAGGACAAAUCCCCCCUUGGUCCAUAAAUGUACAAGAAUGUCACCUGCUGGUGACACAGCCUUGGACUUCCCACCCCAGAAUGAGGCUGGGUCGGGGCAAGAGGGGAGAGGUCAGCAGCCCCUCCCUCACCUGCCUUCUGCCUCCUCCUGUGCUGCCGCCAGUCAUCAGGACGUGGUUUAAGUGCCUUUUGUGUGCUGGGGGACAGGGACGGGGCUGAGCGUCCUUCCUGCAGCCUUAACUGGGGCUGUGCACAUCACACACACACAAAUACCCCUCAGGGUGGUUUCGGGGCAGGUGUCCCUCCAACCCCCGGUUGUCACUCCAGCCCUGCAGCCCAGGCUGCCCUGUAACCACUGCCUCCACAAGGCCACAUCUAGAAGGUUCUUCCCUAUUAAGGAAAAUCACUUGUUGCUUCCUAACAUCACCAGGCUCCUGUAGAACAGAUGAUUAACACCAGCUUUUCUCCUUGGGGUCCUCGACCCACCGCACGCUCACCUGUGACCGGCUUUCAGUCUCCUGCAUUAAGCUUAGAGCAGCGAGACCCAGCCUCAGCCUUCACAGUCACCUCAAUUUUCUCGGUAACCGAGGACCUCGUGUCCUGUUACCUCCGCCAGCUCCAUGUCCUGUUUUCUUUCUUUCACUUCCAGUCGGGCCUGGUGCUAAGCAGUGAGUCCUUGCACUGACGUCCACMCAGCGCCAGUGUGUCUUCCCCUCCUACA